CCGAAAUAAUUCCGUUCAGCUCCUGGCAAAGAUGUCGCUCUCCAAAAGGGAAUUGGAUGAGCUGAAACCAUGGAUCGAGAAGACGGUGAAGCGAGUCCUGGGGUUCUCGGAACCCACCGUGGUCACGGCGGCGCUGAACUGCGUCGGAAAGGGCAUGGACAAAAAGAAAGCAGCCGACCACCUCAAACCCUUUCUCGACGAUUCCACCUUGCGAUUCGUGGACAAGCUCUUCGAAGCCGUGGAGGAAGGCCGAAGCUCCAGACACUCCAAAUCCAACAGCGACCGGAACCGGAAGCGAGAACUGAAGGAUGUGUUUGGUGACGACUCUGAGGUAUCCAAGGAAUCCUCCGGCGUCAAGAAGCGACGCAUACCGCGAUUCGAGGAGGUUGAGGAUGAGCCUGAGGUCAUUCCGGGCCCGCCGUCGGAGAGCCCUGGGAUGCUGACCAAGCUACAGAUCAAACAGAUGAUGGAGGCAGCCACCCGGCAGAUCGAAGAGAGGAAGAAACAGCUGAGUUUCAUCAGUCCUCCAGCACCACAGCCAAAAAUUUCUUCUUCGUCCCAAUCGGAACGUCUCCCCAUCGGCAACACGAUCCAGCCCUCUCAGGCGGCGACGUUCAUGAACGACGCCAUCGAGAAAGCCAGGAAAGCUGCGGAGCUGCAGGCCCGGAUCCAGGCUCAGCUGGCCAUGAAACCGGGGCUCAUCGGCAACGCCAACAUGGUGGGGCUGGCCAACCUGCACGCCAUGGGGAUCGCACCGCCGAAAGUGGAGCUGAAGGAUCAGACGAAGCCUACGCCGCUGAUCCUGGAUGAGCAAGGCCGAACCGUUGACGCGACCGGUAAAGAGAUCGAGUUGACUCACCGCAUGCCGACGCUCAAAGCGAACAUCAGAGCCGUGAAGAGGGAGCAGUUCAAGCAGCAGCUCAAGGAAAAGCCCUCGGAAGAUAUGGAGUCCAACACGUACUUUGACCCCCGGGUCUCCAUUACGCCAGCCCAGCGUCAGAAACGCACCUUCAAGUUCCACGAAAAAGGCAAAUUUGAGAAAAUUGCCCAGAGGUUGCGAACGAAGGCUCAACUAGAAAAACUGCAGGCAGAGAUCUCUCAGGCUGCCAGGAAGACAGGGAUACACACUUCCACCAAGUUGGCUCUUAUCACCCCGAAAAAGGAGCUGAAGGAGGGGGAGAUCCCGGAGAUCGAGUGGUGGGACUCCUACAUCAUCCCGAACGGCCUUGACUUAAAAGGUGGAACAUCUUCAAAGAGAGACGAGUACUUUGGGAUCACAAACCUUGUGGAGCACCCGGCGCAGCUCAACCCGCCAGGUACUGCCCAGUUUUGGUCGAAUUUGCUGUUGGACACAAAAUACUCCGAGCGGGAUGAACCCCAUACUCGGAGAGAAGCCCAGAAGGAGCUGCAGGAGAAGGUCAGGCUGGGCCUGAUGCCACCACCGGAGCCCAAAGUAAGGAUUUCCAACUUGAUGCGAGUGCUGGGCACAGAAGCUGUUCAGGACCCGACGAAAGUCGAAGCUCACGUUAGAGCGCAGAUGGCGAAGAGGCAGAAAGCUCACGAAGAAGCAAACGCUGCGAGAAAGCUCACGGCGGAACAGCGAAAAGCCAAAAAGGUUAAAAAGCUGAAAGAAGACGUUUCGCAGGGAGUUCACAUAGCCGUGUACAGGGUCAGAAACUUGAGCAAUCCAGCAAAAAAAUUCAAAAUCGAGGCGAACGCCGGCCAGCUGUACUUAACAGGCGUGGUGGUUCUACACAAAGAUGUCAACGUGGUGGUGGUAGAAGGAGGCCCGAAAGCACAGAAGAAAUUCAAACGGCUUAUGCUUCAUCGAAUAAAGUGGGACGAGCAAACGUCGAACACAAAGGGAGAGGAUGAUGAUGAGUCCGACGAGGAGUCCGUGAAGAAGACAAACAAAUGCUCUCUGGUUUGGGAGGGCACGGCGAAGGACCGCAGCUUCGGCGAGAUGAAAUUUAAGCAGUGCCCCACGGAGAACAUGGCCCGCGAGCACUUCAAGAAGCACGGCGCCGAGCAC